GUUAUCUUAUUUCACUUCCUGUUAGGAAGCCUGACACUGAGGGUUUCGUGUGAUGGUCACUGGAUAGGAUCGUACCAAAAAUACAAAAAAAUGGAUAUAUCUUUGUAUGGAGAUUAUUCUUCGAUUCCACGGAUAAAUAAGCCCCGGCUUGACUUUGUUCAUGGGGUCCCACUGAACUGAUAACACCACUGUGACUGAAGCAGGUCCAAUACCCUGAAGCCUUUAUCAACAAGAGAUUCAGUAAUGGCUGAAAGCUAUGUAUCACAGCCAACCUGAUGUGCAGUGAUGUCCAACUCAUGUGUCUCCUUUUCCAUGAAGGAAUGUAAACAUGUUCAUCAACAAUGUCAAGUUUCAUCAAGGAUGUAUUUCAUAUGUUGAAACAGAGGAAAUAUUUCAUGAGAUCAUCACUUGGCUUGGAAUGUUUUUGACUGGCCUGAAUUAAUUUGGAGAAGUUCAUUUCAUAUUCAUGAAACUACACAGGGGGAUAUGUCUGGUACUCGCCUGUUUGUGAUGUCAUUUAUUAUGGAAUCAAUGAAUUGACUGAUAUAUAUGGAUGUUAUGUAAGAAAAUUGAUUGAUCGUUUUGUGUAAUAUUGUCAUUUGUUGCGAUAUGGCUACAGCACAAAAAAAGGGUAAUGAUGUUUCACGGUCUGUUAGUAUGCCGUCUAAUUCUCAUAGAAGGGAAGUUAAAGCUACUACGCUACCAGCAAACAGCAGGCCUAUAUCAAACUCCUCUGGCGAGGGGUUCUUUACGAAACUGAAACGUUGUUUGCGGAUUGGGAGUAAAGGAAGGUACAACGUCACUUCCGUACAGCCUGAUCAACAUCAGUCUCAAGAGCCAGUGGAUAAUUUUGAAAAUAACCGUAAAAUAAUGUCCAGGGCAACAUCCUUGCGGGGUACCAGGCGAUCUCAUGUUGAUAAGGAAGAUGUCAUACUUAUUCACAAAAGUAAAAUACAAUCAGGAGUUGGACUGUUACCAAAUAGAAGUGUCAGUGAAUCAAUUCCCGAGGACAGGGAGCAGAUGAUAGUGCAUAUAGUGAAUGGUGGUUUUCCGGUGAACACAGAACAAAAUGGUUCUCCUGCAUAUUCAGAACAAAAUUCCGUGGCAGGAGCAGAGGCUGCACUAGAUGUUGAUGAUGUAUUUGAAGCUGAAAUGGAUCCUGGGUAUGAAACUCUGGAUGAGAUUCGGAAGAAAGUUCGAAUGCAGGCUGCAGAAGAUGCAGCUAAGCGAUCACAAGCAGCAAAGGUAACAAUUAAUAACACUGCAAAUCAUGCUGAAUUUGAGACUGCUGGUGUGGCUAAGCCUGAUUCUUUGCCCGAGACAAAGGAUGGUUCGCCUCCCAAUGAAAGUAGUAGAGAUAGUGGUAUUACCACCCCAACUACGGAGAGUCCAGAGAGUGGGAGAGAUGGUCCGAGUCGCAGUGUUACAAGUUCUAUGUUUAGUGAUACACCACUGACAGAGGAGUCUAGCCAGCCAGACACAGGUGAACAUGACCAGGAUGUGGGGGGUGUUAUUCAGAGGCUCAACAGCUGCCCAGCUUCAAAUGUGUCCAAACCCCUCCGUGAUGGACAAAGGUACAGCUCAGACAGUGUUCUAACCAAACCACUACAAAGUGACACAGACUCAGACCUUUAUGCGAAUCCUCAAAUAUUGUUCAGGAAACAGUCAAGGAUGGGUCAGAGUAAAUCAGUAUCCGCAAGUACUAUUGCAGUGGAUGAUUCGGCCACUAAGUCUCUAUCUGAUACCAAUAGGUUUGGAGAGAAGUCAGUGUCUGAUAGUGAUUUGAAACCUUCAAGGGGAGCCUCUGUGGACUCGGACACUGGUGCCCCGCCCCUGCCUGACCGUGGCUACCUGGACAAUAAUGCCAGGUUGAGUGGAGUUGGAACAGAAGAAGAGCAUUCUGCAGACAAUGAUUGUUCUACUUCCACCACUCUUUCAGCCAAUCAGGAACUUAGCCAGUCUGCUACACAGGAUAGUGUCGCCAGCAUUAGCAGUAUCAGAGAAGUAGGGGGAGAUAAUUCUGAAUGUCUCCAAACACCAGAACCUUUAUGUCCAGAAUUAUCUUCUGAAACUGAGUCCAGUUCUACUUCUAUCAAAUCUGAGGAGGAUCUUGUUACUGACGCAGGGGCAUGUGCUGUUUUUGAAAAGCCUUCCGAUUCUAGGACUUCUGAGCUUAUUGACAGUGUUGCUUUAAGCAAAGCUACAGAAGUUUCUUCAUUGGGAACAGAAACCUGUGAAACUGUUGAAAGAACAUUAUUGGAUUCUGCAGAGAGAUCUCAGCAUAAUGAAGAUGUUGCUCAAACAAGUGUUGAAGACAAUUGUACAAACAGUUUGAAAGCUUGUCACAGUGAUACCAAAUACAUUGCAACUCUACCUGACUCAAAAAUGUGCUUAAGUGGGGACCAAGGAACCACUCUGAACAACAGCCCUCCAUCAGAGGAGAGCAAGGAUUCACAAGCAUCAGCAUCUCAAGAUUCUGCUCACAGUGUGAAGUCACAGGAAUUUAGACAGGACAACAUAAGAUGUGACACUGCCAUUUCUGUUUCCGACAAAACUGUUGUACAGACAUCGAACUCAAAAGUUAUUGCUGAAAGCAAAGUAUUGGAACCUCAUGCUCAAAACCCCCAUUCAGAAAACCCCAGUGCGGACAUACAGACUCCUGAAUGUUCUGAUCCGGAUCUUUGUGUUGAGGAGAUGGCUCAGAAAGACUCUGUGAAUGAUGCCAGCAGUGUUGCAGGUCUUCACUCCAUUGUUGAUGCUGAUUCAAUAGAAGUAGUGGAGAGGAGGAUAACAAAUCGUAAUGGGAAUUCGGACCAAACUUGUGCUAAAAAUGUUGUUGUAAUUAAGCUUCAUGAGAGUGCCCAUGAGGACAGCCUCUUAAGUGAUGAUAAAGCUGAAGAAGGAGUGUCGGAUGAAACCAUUGCAAGGUUGGAAGAGAAGGCGUCCAUGUUGAAAUUGGGUGGCCGUGGCAAGUUCUCUCCGGGCGACUCUUCUAAAGACAUUGACCAGAGUUUACAAACUGUUCUGGUGGACGCAUCUAGUUCUAAAUCUAAUGAAUGUGCUUUUGAUAUGAGUGAUGAUGUGAAAGGGGCUGUUGGAGGUUCAGAAAACAAUUCGAUGUCUGCCAGUGUGGGAGAAGGGGCAAGACAGAAAACUGGUGUUCGGAGGUUACGGAAGAAGGAGCCGAUACACAUGUCCCUUGCAGAGUUGAUGAGUCCCCCGGAUGAUGAGUCCAUGUCAGACGGGGAUGAGGACUAUCAGGACGUCAUGGAGGACGAGGAGGACGAGGAGGACGGGGCUUCUGCCAACCAGACAAAUCAAAAUGCAACAAAUGCUGCACACCGGGCGUUCCUGGAGUCCAUGCGGCAACUGAAAGAUUGUGGGUGGUACUGGGGUCCGCUCAGCUACAACGAGGCAGUGAACAAGUUGCUGAACAAACCUGACGGGUCCUUCCUGGUCCGGGACAGCUCCAACGAGAACUACAUCCUCAGCCUGUCAUUCAAGUGCAUGGGGUCCGUGUGCCACACACGCAUCGAGCACAACAAAGGUGUGUUCAGUUUCUGGUCUCAGCCAGACUCCCAUGGGACUUCCACCAUUAAAGAUUUCAUCGAGCAGGCAGUCCACUUCUCCCAUUCAGGGAAGUUUUUGUACUUCCUGCGUCCGUCCGGGCCGGGAUCGCCACCAAUUGCCAUCCGUCUCCUCCACCCUGUGUCUCGCUUCUGUCGUGUUCCGUCACUGCAGCACAUGUGCCGCUUCCUCAUCCUACGCUGGGUCCGGCGAGAUCACAUCGACGUCCUGCCAGUGCCGGAGAAAGUGAAGAACUAUUUAAGAGAAAACCAGUAUUAUGUUGAGACUCUUGAAGAGGACUGAUGGAACUGGUUGUGCUAUUGGCUGUAUUUGUAUUAAGUGCUUUCUAAUUGGUUCAUAAUUUGAAGAAAGAUGUUAUGGAUGAUUUGAUUGGUUGUAUGGGAUAUGACCCUUGAUUUGCCAUGUAGGCUUUGUUUCUGAAUGGAGGUGAACAUGUGUUUGUUGUAUACUGUGAAAGUAUUUCCUAACUGACCUUGAUUGGUGAACAUGUGCAUUAUUGGUAAAAGAUGGGGAUGAAAAGGUAUAUGAAGAGGCAGUGUUUUAACAAGAUGUGGAAUGUACAGAUGGAUGAAUUUGUAAAAAUUGUCAACCCGGUAUCAUCUGUUUUUGAACACCAAAGAUCAUGUAUAUGCCAGAAUUGUUGCACUGGUCACAUUUGUGAACUGAUUCAUCCAUUUAACAGUCCUUGUUCACAACUUUCGAAGCUUGUCCAAUCAUGAGUGCUGAGUUUUAAGUCCCUCCACUUUCGUCCACUGUUGCAAGAUGCAAAUAUUUCACUGGUGCAUCACUUUUCUGCAGAAAUAUUUUAUGAGUACAUCGUGUCUUCAAAAUAUUUCCUUGUUACAUCGCAUACUCCACUUCCUUGUUGUAAAGAUAGGCCUCUGCUAACAAGAGUUACCUCUCACCAAAAUGCCUGAAUGUGAAUAUUUUCUCAUGUUAAACACCCGUCAUAUUGUCCAGUUAUUCUUAGCAUAAAUGUUGGCUACACAGUGUAAAUGUCCGCUUGACUGUUAUUGCUCCUUUAUAUCAAACAUCAGGGGUUAAUAUCAUCACAAAUACCUUGAUUAAUUAAUGUUUGCAUUUAUUAGCAAGUUGGUAAUAUUGAUACAUUAAACAAUAGCAACAUGAGCCGGGAUAAUUUGAAGAAGCAAUGUUUUUAGGAUUGUCUGCUCAUCUUAAUAAAGUUGUGUUAUUUUUCUUAAUCCUUCUAGUUUUCAAAACAUCAUAAUAUACUGGUACUGUUCAAAUGACAAGACUGGUGAAGGCUGUGCAUUCUAUUUAUCAUCCAAAACUGGGUCCCACGGGAGAUAUGCUUGGGUGAGAUCAAGCGAUAUCUACAUUGUAGAUAUCGCUGCAAUGAAAUUGCAUCACAAUGCUUUGCAGACCAUUGUGACGUCAUUGGUUACCAUGACGUCACAAUCAAAUGACAUCACUAAUGGCUCUGCUACUGAAGCUGUUUGCAGUACUUUUUACACUAAGACACUGCUUAUUACUGUCUACAAAGCGAAAAAGUUGGAAGACUGAUUUUGGAUGAUAAAUAAAAUCUCAGGAAAACUGAUUUCCAUAGAGAGAUUCUCUAUUUAUGCUGCCCCUAAUGUACCAUAACAUUUCUCACUCCAGUUUUGUUCAAAUCCACAACCAUGCACUCCUCUCGUUCUUGUGAUGGCAUUAACCCCACAAUCAAAGUUAAUUGUUAAUUUUGAAGAGGAUAUUAAGUAGUUUCACCUAUAGAUACUUUUGUACCCGUGAAAAUGGAACACUUCGUGCCCCAAGUAAUCUUAUUUAGGAACAAUGUCUGUUACUCUACAUAACUCAUGAUGCUACAUCAGGAGAGUUCAGUGACAGUAAGGCUAAAAAACAACAACCUCCAAUGAGUUUCUCAUACGACUCUAAUGACGUUACGUCAAGGACCACCCAAUUCAUUCCUAUUACUAUUGUACUAUGGCAUGACAGAUUAACUAUAGCAAUAUGAAAGAAUGGGGUGGUCCUUUACUUCUAUUGAGUAGUAUGUUAUGAGGGGCGGUCGGGUAGCCAAAUGGUUAAAGCGUUCGCUCGUCACACCGAAGACCCGGGUUCGAUUCCCGACAUGGGUACAAUGUGUGAAGCCCAUUUCUGGUGUCCCCUGCUGUGAUAUUGCUGGAAUAUUGCUUAAAGAGGCGUAAAACCAUACUCACUCACUCACUCACUAGUAUGUUAUGAUCAGGAAGUAAAGAAUACAAAUAAUUAAAUGAUCAAAAUUAUAUGACUUUAUAAUUCAAAAUGUGAUGUUUUUUUAUGUCACCAAACAUACUCCAUGAUGAAUCAACCAGCAUUGAAGGCAGUGUGGACUAAUAUUGUUACACAGAGUUCAAGAUGACAAAUAUAUGUCUGAAGUAUUUAUUGUGACUGUUUAUAGUUGGUAUGACCAUCUGUGUAUAUCUGUUUAUGCUGCUCAUGUUGUCUCACUGAUUGCUUUGUUUGAGGGACAAAUAUGGUAGAUACGCCAUCCGUUGAAUUUUCAAGGGACAGAUUUGAAGCAUGGGGAAAGGGGUGACAGAGGGCCGUCAGAAAAUAUGUAUUUUCAGGAAAGUUAAGGGAAUAAUUGUCAGACAUUUAAAGGUUACAUGCUGUUAUAUAAAUCAACAAGAAAUAGCUUUAAGAAAAUAUAUGAGUCAUUAUUUUUUAUUAAAUGGAUCUGUUUACAGCAUCUUGUUUUAAUUGCAUGAAAUGAUAUACUACGAGGGAGGGUGGAACUAUUGUUGGAACAGCAAGUGACCAUAUUUGGGGGUUCCUCAAACACGCUGUUUAUUUCCUGUGAUCUCUGUUCUGCAAGCCCAUCACCAGUAUCACCAACCUGUUGUUAUUGUGUAUAGUAAAGUUGGCUAUAUCUGUGUAUUAUAAUCAUGUCCCACUGUGUUUCAUUGAUACUGAAUUUCAAUUAGAGGAAUUUAGCAAACCCAUCCAGUGUUCAAGGCAAUAAUUGUCAAGGAAGAUGAAAUUUACAAAUUAUUUGUGAAUACUGUUAAUAGUAUACUAGGUAUUGUGGUAUCUAAUCCUUACAGUUUAUCUUAUUCAUAGGAAUCAAUUUCACAUAUUAAUCGUUUAGUAUUUAUUAAGUUCUAUAUUCAAAGUUUAGCUUUAUAUGAAUGAUGUGCUUUGUGAUGUACUUCUUAAAAAUAUGGAAAUACUUCUGCGAUUUUGUGAAAGUUCCAAUCCAGCCAUUUUCAUUUUCCACCCAAAUUACAAAAUUGCUAGUUUCUUGAACAAAGACUUUGCCUGAAGCAAAAUAUGAAUGUUUUGACUGCAUUAAGAUUCCAGGAUAGAAUAGGACUUCAGCAACCCAUGCUUGCCGUAAAAGGUGACUAUAAUCGUCGUAAAAGGCAACUAACUGGAUCGGGUGGUCAGGCUCGCUGACUUGGUUGAUGCAUGUCAUCGAUCCCAAUUGCGUGGAUCGAUGCUCAUGAUAUCAAUUACUGGAUUGUCUGGUCCAGACUUGAUUAUUUACAGACUGCCGUCAUAUAGCUUGAAUAUUGCUGAGUGCGGCGUUGAACAACAAACCAACCAACCAACUGAACCUCAGAUUAUGGGUUCCUAUUAAGCAGAAGAAAAUAUGGUAAAAAGGCACAAUGCAGUUAUAUGUAUUUUUGUUUGAAAGAGAAUUUCAUUUUCAAUUUUGUCCAUUCCUGCCUUUAGGUAUUUAGAGGAGACACAUAUGUAAAACAAGUAAUAUAAUUGGUCUUGCCUUACAAACAUCAUCACAAGAUGGUAUUGUGGGUAAUCCAAACCUACAUGUCGGUGCUGAAAAUAAGUCCAACUGCCAAAGUCAGUUCUAGUCAAAUUUGAUAAAAUUAACCACUUUCCAUCAUGAUCAUGACCUUUUAAUUCUGAUGACUGAAAAUGAAUCAUCACUCAGAAAUGAUAUAUGAAAGUGAUAUGACAAAGCAGCAUAAUCAUUAAAACUGAAGUAUAAAAUUUACCCCUAAUGAUAAGAAUGUCAGUGAUUCUGUUGAAAUACAAACUUGAUUGCAAACAUAAUUAAGAUUAUGUUCUUCACUGACCAAAGAUGUUUCUGUGUCAAGUAGCACAUAUUCUUGAUGGGCCAGUGUCUUGCUUGUUUGUAUAUCCUGUUGAAUUUGGACCAUUCUACUUACAUUCAUAGUUCUUGUUGUGUAUAGCAGUACUGUGGUUAUCUUCUCAGUUUCUGUUUGCUUUUAAGAGCAUGUCCAUAUCUGCUGUAUUAAACAUGCUAAUUGAAUUGUUUGAUAGGCAUUACUUAGUUGACGGAUGACAAGGUAGACACAAUUUUAUGGAUAACAACUUCUUUAAUACUGUAAAAAGCGACAUUCCAGUCCAGUCUUGCUUGACAACGGUAUAAGGAUCUAUACUGAAACGUCGCUUUUAAAGUAUUAAAGAAGUUGUUAUCCAUAGAAUUGUGUCUACCUUGUAAUAUGUUAAUUGGUUGUUGAAAAUAUGCCUCAUGUACACGUACUCUGGUUGAGUGUCAAUGUGAAAAUGUUCUAUAAAGCAUCUUGUUUAAUGAAUCAUAUUAGAUGAUACUGAAGCAGACUAGUUUUAUUUAUGUUACAUAUUUUCUAGGGAAAUUUGGUAAGAGAAUGAAUGUAGUCAAGAAUGAGUGAGGGCAAAUUCAAAAAGGGUGAAAUGUAAAUCCAAAUACUACAGAGGCAAACAUCAAGGACCCCCAUUAAUUGCAAACACUGAGAGGGCAUCAUUAUUCGAAAAGUUAUUUAAGAAAGUAUUAAUUUAUUUGCAAUUCAUUAUUUCAAGUGCAAUUUUUGCAUUAUUCAUAAGGUCUUAAUUGGCCUGUUUACAUUAGAGUGCUGGGAUAUUGGUAUCUGCACCUUUGAUGCAUAUUCAUACCGUCAUAUUGUCUGAACAUAAUGUAUAAAGAGUGUGCCUGCUGACACAGAGCUUACCAGUCCUUGCUUAAUUCAGGGCACCAGGCAGGGUAACAAAAAGUAAUUAUUUAACAAUUUGGCAUGAUGCGGCCCUGGGAUCAAACCACCAACUUUCCUCUCUCCAGCAGAUGCUUUAUCCACUAGACCACAGAUGUGGUGACAUUUUCUAUGUGUAAUUGGGGUUAUCAUUAAAAGAUUAAUAAUCAUAAUAUCCAAGCAAGCAGACAAAUCAGAUCUUAAACAACAUAAAUCAAAUAUGACGGAAGUCUCCUUAAAAACUCAUUUCAAUGGUGCUGUCAAGUUCCUGGUAUAUGGCAAUGAUGAUUGUUUACCUUUGUCUCGAGAGCUUAUUAAGACAUUUCAGUAUUUGUUCUUCACUAAGACUUAUCGAAGUCUGAAGGGCUCCAAUCUUUUUUUCUGUAACGAGGACUAUCUAUGCAAUUAUAAGAGGUGACAGUUCUAAAGAAAGUUUCUAGUUCUGUAGUUAGUCUGUAUUUUAUAUUUUGUGAUGGAGAUAUUGAAUGUUGUGUCUCAUCAUUGCACUGAUUAUUUUAUGUGCUUUUGUACAUCAAUUUUCCGAAAUUAGUCCCAGUUAUAUUUAUUGAUCAGUUUUCUUGUUUAGUUGUUUUGUAUGAAUUUGCAAUAUUUUUGCAAUUGAUUAGAGUUUGUUUUUGUGUUUAUCAAUGAUAUGUGUAUAAAUAGCAUUUUCUUUUCAUUGAAGCGAUGUCAUCAAAUUUGAAACUUACUUUGUCUGAAUAUUUUAUUCGCUUUUAAUGCAUUGCUUAUUCUUAGAUCUCCAAAUGGCAUUUUAAGUAAUUGGUACAGGACCGUGUGCUCUAUUUUUGUACAUUUUUACCAAUUAUUACCAUUUGACUCCAGUGCUUGACAGGUUAUGUUUGUUUAUAAAGUUAAGAACAAUGCAUUGUCAGGAGGGUAUUACUUGGGUUUUGUUCUGAGGGUACUUGCACAUGGGUCAUGAUAAGAAUUGUUUUUAUACCUAUCUUUAUCCAUGGUGUUUUUGAGACUCAACAUUUUCAAACAGAGAUUUGAUGAUUUUUGUUAUUACUGUGGGUUUUUUAAAUUUUAUAUAUUAGAGAUUCAUGCUUUUAAUUGUUGAAUCAUUUCUUCCUGAUGCUUACACACAUGUAAAUGACUUUAAUCAAAUUUUGCUUAAAUUUCAUGUUUGUAGAAUGAGGGUUGUUAUGCUGUUAUGUUUAUUUUUGUAUAUCCUAUUGAAAUAAGUUAUUUGUUGCAAAAUAUGAUAAUUUACAUUGGUGAUCAAAAGGGAACAGAAAUUGUUGGAACAAGUUAUUUAGGAAUGAAGGCCAAUGAUGUCUUCAUAAUGAUGUUUCACUUUGAUGAUUAUGCUUAAAGAAGCAUUAAUAUUAAUGUUUGUUUUUGCUACAGCAUAUUGCUUAUUUGAAGCUAUAUGUUCACUGAUUGUUUUUGUCAUGGUUGACCACCCCUCCAAAAUAGAUGGUUUAAGUCUAUAUGUGAGAGAUAGUGUUUCUGUCCAGGAAUCGUUACCCUCAGAUCAGCCAUAGCUUAUACAUGUCAACGUAUCAAGGAUAUUACAUACAGGUCAAAAGACAAGAACUGCAAGUUCAUGAAAGCCCUGUAUUCCCCCGGGCUAAGAUGCAUUCUCUAAACCCAUCCUCGAAAGCCAGGCAUAUAUGUUCCAUGCUGUUCACCUCACUGUUUGUAAUGAGAAGCAAGAAACAAAAUAGCCCAGGUUUCAGGUUUGUCACAGAAUACCCAUUUGUGUUAGUGUGUGAAGUAACACGACUAGUGAUGCAAGUGUCAAGGUGACAAGACAAGAUGUUCUGGGGCAUAACCUGAAUAAAGGUUACACAGAGGGAGGCUGAAGGUGUACCUUAACAUAAGUCAAAUUUGUUACGAUCAUGGAGGUAAUUGUCUUGGGAAAGUCUCCCUUGAACAUAAUAUUCUAGUGUUGGUCAGACAACACAAAACUGUCAUGUUCCUCAGUGCAUGCCCAAGGGACGCAACUCUGCACAGCCACCCGUAACCCCGCCUAUCAGAGGGGCGGUGGGGUAGCCUAGUGUUUUUUUGCCUUCGCUCGUCACGCCAAAGGCCCGAGUUCGAUUCCCACAUGGGUACAGUGUGUGAAGCCUAUUUCUGGUGUCCCCAACCCUGAUAUUCCUGGAAUAUUGCUAAAACAGGCAAAAAAACACUCACACUAUCAGAUCAUCAUACAUAUCUGCAGUGUUCUUGGUGCAGUUGCUCAACAUCCAUACAGUAUGUCAAACAUUUUAGGAAUCCUUUGUGACACGUCCCAUAGGUAUAAUUCCAAUAGAACAUGCACAUGUUAGUUACUGAUAUUCCCUAUGCAAUAAGCAUGUUACUGAUAAAGGGUAUCAUGAAAAUCGUAGUUAAGGUUUAGGAAACAAGUAAGUCCUGCAGUGUUGUUUGUUGGUGACAUACCUAGGGUUUUGUUAGUUUUAUACAGAAUGAAGAGGUGGAGAAUGUCCCAUAAUACAGAGAGGAAUUUUUGUAUCAACUUUGAAAUAAAUAUUUGUUGGAUCAGU